AUCCGGGCCAUCAUGGUGCUGCGUAACAGAGGAAUAGUAGUCGAAUUGGAAUCCGAGAGUCUAGCGAAAUGGUUAAACAGCCCGACAGGUAGAACAGCACUGGAAAGCAACAUGGAAUCAGCUGUAUUGUUCCGCAACCGCACCUACCCGAUAGUCGCAGAAUACUUACCCAUUCACCUGCAGAUCGACAAAGAAGACUUCUUACGCAAAAUCGAAAACAACAACAACCUCAGCAGCGGCUCACUGAUAAGCAUUUGA